CCAUGCAGGCUGUGUGGUGUUAUGCUUUAACUUUAAUCUUACAUUGUCAAUGUUUUUUACAAUUAAAUUCUAAGUUAAUAGUUUCGAGUGAAAAGUUAAAACAACAGCUUACGAAAAAUGAAAAUGGUGAAUUGGUCAUUGGCCGAAAUUGUACAACUGGUAAUGAUCAAAAAACACUUUGCGAAUGUAAUGAAAACGAUUUCGAGUGUGACUACGGAUUCGUUCAGGAUGGUAGUCAGCUCAAUUGUAUUCAGAAUAAAUCAUUAAAUAAUUAUAAACCAUUUGAUAUUCCCAAGGAUUGUACACCGGGUGAAUUUUACAAUCGAACAAAAGGUUAUAAACAAAUUUACAAUGGCACCUGUCUCGACGAUGAACAAGUCUCUCGAUAUAUACCCGAUUUGUUACCAUGUCCAGUAAAUUCGACGGACACCUUUUUAAUCGUGUCGGUUGGCAAUCAAAUUGCUCGAAUUGAUUUGAAAACUAAACAACAUAAAUAUUUACCAGUGGAUAGAAGUAUACCUAGAAAUAUUAUUUCUAUCGACUUUGAUUAUGAAAAUAAUUGUGUUUAUUUCGGUGACAACAAAAAUAAUGUAAUUGGUCGCUCAUGUUUUACGAAUGAAGACAGUAAACUUGAUAUAUUAGUAACAGAUGAAAUUGGUUCCAUCGAAGGAAUGGCAUUUGAACCAAAAACAAAAUUAUUAUACUUUGUAGAUGGAACUCGAGCCAGAAUUGAUGUAGUUCGAACAGAUGUUAAUAAUAUUGAGAGUAUGCGUAAAACAUUAUUAGGACCUAAAGAAUUAGAAAAUCCAAGAGGUAUCGCACUGCAUUCAAAGGCAGGUUACAUAUUUUGGACAGAUUGGUCUUAUGAUUCACCAUCAGUAAAUCGUGCUAAUUGUGAUGGUUCAAAUAUAAAACGAUUGUUUAAAAAACCAACUGUAAAAUGGCCUAAUGCUAUUGCAAUAGAUUUCAUAGCUGAAAGAAUCUAUUGGGCUGAUGCUGGAAAUGAUUACAUUGGUAGCUCAGAUUUAGAUGGGAAAGCAUUUAAAAAAAUAAUAACAGAAAGCAUUUAUGCUCAGCAUCCAUAUGGCAUAGGAGUAUUCAAGGAAAAAGUUUAUUGGGAUGAUUGGAAACGACAAUCAAUAUAUUCCGCUGAUAAAGAUGAUGGUACUGAUUUAAACAAAAUAGAUUUUGACUUGAAACGUCAAAUGGAUUUAAAAGUAGUUGCAUUCGACAUUAACAAUCGUUCGAAUGGCUGCAUUAAUAAUAGCGUUUGUACUCACUUCUGCUUACCAGCUCCUAGCAAUCAAUAUACGUGUGCUUGCCCAAAUAGAAUGGUAAUGAAAAAUGGCACCUGUGUAUGUCCAAAUAGUGAGGUGUACCCCUAUUGGUAUAAACCAAUCAAUAAUAAUGAUACAUGUCCUAGUUCACAAAACAAUUCUUCGUGUCCUACACAUGAAUUUACUUGUGACAAUGGAAAUUGUAUUCCUUCUUCUUGGACAUGUGACGGUGAUAACGAUUGUGGCGAUGAGUCAGAUGAAUUUAAUUGCCCUCAAACUACAUGUGCCCAUAAUCAAUUUAGAUGUGGAAAUGGAUACACCUGUAUCCCUAAAAAAUGGCUUUGUGACAAUGAUAAAGAUUGUCCGGAUGGCACAGAUGAAUUAACUUGUUCUAAUCAAGAUAAAUGUGGUAGAUAUGACUUUAAUGCGUCCGUUGGCGAUAUUUGUAAUCAUACUUGUGGCCCUGAAGAUUUUCAAUGUAAGAAUAAGUAUUGUAUUCCAAAAUAUUGGAUAUGUGAUGGUACACCAGACUGCAUAGAUGGCUCAGACGAAGAAGAAAAUUGUAAACCAAAAUGUAUUAUUUACAAAAAAUGGAAAUGUGAUGGGGGUGAUUGCGUAGAACAACCUGUCGAACAAAACUGUUCCUCAAUAGAAAACCAACCAACAAUGACUAAUUGUCCGGAAAGGACGUUUGAAUGUCAAAAUCCUAUCAAUUCCAAAAAAUGUAUACCUUCCUUGAUGAGAUGUGAUGGAACAUGUGAUUGUAAAGACUGUAGUGAUGAAAAUGGAUGUGAUGUAAUCAAUGUUAUGAAAAUGGAUACAAAAAAAUCUACUCUAUUUCAUUAUACAAAUAAUAUCACGAAUACUAUUAAUAAUAUCACGAAUACAAGGCCUAUAUCUCAUAGUUGAUAGUAUACUACUGAAACUACAAAUAAUACUCCAAAACUUAUGCA